GGGAUAUCAAGCCCGAAAACAUCUUGUUGGUGCGGGACGAGAAAGAUGGCAUCGUGGCCAAGCUCGCCGACUUUGGUAUAUCCAAAGAGCUGACAUCGGGCACGCAGGCCAUGACAAGUUGGAAAGGCACUCUGGACUGGAUGGCUCCAGAGGUGCAAGAGAGCGGAGGUCAGGUUGGAUCCGUUGGGGCAGCAGACGUGUUUUCUCUCGGCCUGGUCUUCUACUACGUUCUCUCCAAGGGAAAACACCCAUUUUCUAAAGAUGACACGAUGACGGCGAAGGUCAUUAAGUCUGCAAGUGCAUGCCUGGAUGUCGUACCGAAGGGCUCCAUGAGGAGCCUGAUCGAAGAGAUGAUUCAGAUAACACCAGGUGACAGACCAUCAAGCAAGUACGUGGCCAGGCAUCCGACCUUCUGGGAGCCGAAGAAUAUGCAACUGUUUUACCAGGCCAUUAGUGACCUCAUCUAUGCAAAAGACGAAAACCUGAAGGCCACUGUCGACAAAAAUCCCACUCGGGUGUUCGAAGAGCAGGGUGAGCAGGGUGAACCCAAGGACUGGAGGACGAUAAUCGACAAGUCACUGGACGAAGGCUCCUUCAAGAGCUACGACGCGACCAUAUCUGAGCUGCUGCGGUUGGUUCGAAAUAAGGUGAGGAUUCACGUGUGGCGGUGUCUAUUGCCUGCGCUCUGUUGGUAGUCGGUUCUGCUCGGCACCACCUGGGCUAUUUCCUAACCCAAGACCGCAUGGGGAGGUGUCGGAUCCAGCACACUCCUGCUAUCUCGAAAGCAAUGGUCGUAUCGACAAAGGUGAAAAAGUGUUCAAGCUGUCGCAAACGAAAUUUUCAAAGGGCAUAGCUGUCGCAUUAAAAAAAA